CAGAUAUGUAUGCGUUUGUUUUGAUUUUUAAUUUUUACCGCGCGCAAUGUAUCAUAUUUAAAUUAAUAUAACUCAAAGAGAAUUUCAUAAGAUGGAACCGAUAAGUUUCUACUAUUUAUGUAACCACCCUCGAGCCAUCGUUUUUAAAUAGUAUGCCUAUCUAAAGUGAAAAAUAUCCACCACCCAGUGAUAAGAUCUCAUACAGGUUUUUCUACUUAUUCAAAUAAAGAAAUACAAGUUUUUAAAAUUCAUGAGUAACUUUUAUUGUAAAUACUACGUACGAAGUAUCAGUAAUUAUGUGUUUUGUUUAUAAGGAUAAUAAUAUCGAAAUAACUCAGCUCGCCUGUUGAUCAGAUGCUAUUUAUAGAAUUAUAUAAAUGCACGGCAGUCACGAAGUACGAAGUCACUGUUUGUCGCAAGUAGGUUGACAUUUGGCACUAUGGAUUGGCCUGUUUGGAAAAAAUGCUGCUUCUGUAUCCCCCUACGCUAUGGUUUGCUAACAUGGGGAUAUUUAAAACUGAUAUCAGCCAGCAUAGUAUUGAGUUUCUUCAUAUUUAUUUUAGUAGGUCUUGCAGACUUUAUUAGAAAUGAUACUUUAGUAAUAGUUAUUCCAAUUAUUGCUAUAAUGGUCACAGACAUUGGACUGCACAUUUUAUGCAUUGUCGGAGCACAUAAGAAAAAUGUAAGGCUAUUAGAAGUUUAUUACUGCUAUGCUUGGUUCAUGUGGGCGGGGACGAUCAUCAUGUUUGCUGUAUGCACAAUUUUGCUAGUUCUCAUCUUUUCCGGUCAUGGUGAAAGUGGUGUUAAGUCAUUAUACUUGACCAUGGAUAUCUUGGGAUUUUUACUUGGUAUUGUAAUACACACAUUCCUCUUGAUUUCACUGAGGAGUGAAAUGAUCAAACUCAGGAGCAAUUGUCCAUACAGGUUCGUGAAGAAUGAUGGAGAACCUGAAGGUUUUAUUACCAGUGACAAAUAAGGAAGAAGUGUCUAUAGACGAAUAUACAAAUAACAAGUACAGUCAACUUCACGUCAAUGGUAACAGUUUUAUAGGAAAAUCGUACUUAUUACUAUUGAGUUAAGGUGCAUGACAGUUACCACUGAUGUGCAGUCUACUGUACCUAUGAUAAGGAAACAGUUGAAUUGAAAGAAAGUGAUAUUUUGGUUUAAUUUAAAGUGUUUAUGCCUUUUUAUUAGAACGUGGGAAAUGGCAAUAAGCUUCGCCAUCUACCUAGCCUUUUCCCAACUAUGUUGAGGCCCUAAUAAAUAAUUAAGGUAGGAGUACCAGUGUUUUACAUGGAGCCUCUGCCUAUCUGACCUCCUCAACACAAUUACCUGGACGACACGAUACCCCUUGGUAAAAGUGGUUGUCAGUGUCUGGUUUUUGACUACCAUUAACGACUGCCAAAAGAUAUACUCAAAUGACAGCCGGGUCCCAGUAAUAGAUUGUGCCUUAUGAUAAGAUGGUCAUCCAUUGAACCAUCCACGCUAAGCGUUGCUUAACCUUAUAAUCGAUGGAUUGACUUGGCCACAAGCUCUUCCACUUGACAAUAUUAACAGUUAUAUGCAAUUUAAACAUGUAAAAAAUUAUGAUUAAGGAUAAAAUAUAAUAUUAGAAAGUUGCCUAAAAACAAGAGUGGUUCAAUUUAUUUUUGUAUGGUCGGCAAUAAAAGUCCAUCCAUGAUUUUGUCAACUAAAAUACCUGGUAGGUGUACAAGGUGUACUUAAAUCUUCCACCAUAACUGGCAUGUUACGACUACAAAACAAACCCUGGAUAUUAAGGAAUUACAACAUCGUGAUUAUUUGUUUGCUAAGUUAGUAAUUUUUUUUGCCAUAAUAGGUACAAAUAUUGAUUGUUUUUGAGAGCUUUUUAUGUAUAUUUUUUAGAAGGUAUAUAAGUCAAAGUUAGCUUUCACACUAGUGGAAUUUCAGCUUAUAUUCUCCAUCGAGUAAUAAAUAAACAAUUGACAAUCGGCUAAAAAGAUGACACUAGGAACCACGUGGCCGUUACUGGCCGCGCGUAUACGCGCGUCAAAAUCCGCUAGUGUGAAAGGGCUCCUAAGUCUUAUCUAUAAAUAUCUUAAGCUCUUGUUCUCAUAUACCUAAUGCUUUGUAGUCACAAAGCAUUAGGUAUGCAGUCGCAUACAAUGAGGGUUUUCUAAAAUGGCGUCCACGAGGUGGCAGCACCGAGUCGUCAGGUCCAGAUAACUGUCAAAGUGCUUAUCUUUACUAUGAAUAGUGAACGAUUUUAGUGUUUUUUUUUAUUAUUUUAUAAUUAAAGCACUGCAUUAUUGUUUUACUAUUGCGGUUGAGUAAAUAAAAAAAACUAAAUCAUAUUGUGUUAACAAAUUUUUCAAUAAGCUUUUCCUUAGUACCUGUGACUUUUGCACCCUCUCUCUUAGCUCAAUUUUUAGUUCGGAAACCUUAUUCUGACCGUAGUCCAUAAUAAAAUCAAUAACACUUCCAAUAUAACAGAAUUUCAAUAAACAAUAAGUUCGGACCCUACAAUUCCAUACUAUUUGACAGCUGUUUGGACCAGACGCAUACGUGGCGCCACCCUGUGGCAGAAAAAAUUGAGAAGACCCUCAUUUUCAUAUUUGUACUUUUAAAAGCUUAUGCUAUUAAGCUACAUAGUUGGUGAUAAAAAUAAGAUUAAGUGAGAUUAUUUAUUGUAAAUCUAAACACUGUUUAGUAUUUAUGUACAAUUUACUACUACAAUAAAUUGUACGACAUAAGUGCCUCAAUGUGAA